UUCUCGCGACAAGUGAGAAAGGGCGCAGGGUUUGAAACAUGGCGGACGACGUGGAGCAGCAACAAACUACUAACACUGUAGAGGAGCCCUUGGAUCUUAUCAGGCUCAGCCUGGAUGAACGAAUUUAUGUGAAAAUGAGGAAUGACCGAGAGCUUCGAGGCAGAUUACAUGCUUAUGAUCAACAUUUAAAUAUGAUAUUGGGAGAUGUGGAAGAAACUGUGACUACUAUAGAAAUUGAUGAAGAAACAUAUGAAGAGAUAUAUAAAUCAACGAAGCGGAAUAUUCCAAUGCUCUUUGUCCGGGGAGAUGGAGUUGUCCUUGUUGCCCCUCCAUUGAGAGUUGGCUGAAACAAAGAAUGUGUCAUGUGGAAAAUAGAAGACUUCGUACGGUUGCCUCUUUAAAUGUACAAGACAUUCAAAAGAGAAACCUGCAUACAUUUUGAUAUUAAGAAAUGAUCUCAAGGAGUCUUCCACUCCUGAAAUGAAUUGCUUUGCAGAUAAUUCUUAAGCUAAAUGGCAUUUUUAUUUUUCUCCAAUCCUUCUAAUAAAUAUAAUUACCAAGAUGCAGAAUUCU